AUGGCAGCCGCUGUAGCUGGUGCACUCGUUGGGGUGGAGCCGAAGGCUGUGGUGGAAGCAGCUCAGGCAAAGUUGCUGGAGGAGAGGCGAGCGACAGGAGCGGCAGCUUCGUUCAGGGGAGCUGGAUUGCGGCUAAGGCAGUGGGAUACACUUAGCGAGCACUUUAAUUUGGCAGACACGAAUUUGCUGCGCCAGCCCCGGGUCAUGCGUUCGGUGAAUGAGGCGCUGCUCUGUAAGGAGUGCAAGCGACCUGGGCAUGGGGAUCUGCUGACAAGGGAGGAAGAGGUUGAGUUGAUUGGUGCAAUGCGGUCCGGCCAGAGGCUACAGAUGUUUUUGGCGGCCUGGCAGAGGGCAACAGGGCGGCCCCCGGUGCAUGAGGAAAUAUCUGCGCGUGGAUUUCUGGGGUCAUCCGAGAACGUGGGUGAGGUACUGCAUGCAGCGGGUGAUGCUCAGAGCCAGCUGAUCAUCUGCAACGUCAGGCUGGUACACAAAAUAGCCCAGCAGUACCGGAGUCCACAGGUCAUUGAUUAUGAAGACCUCUUCCAGGCGGGGCUGGAGGGCCUGCAGGACGGCCUGCGGCGGUACGAGCCGGCGCGCGGCAGCCGCUUAGGCACCUGCCUCUAUUUCUCCAUCCGCAACACCGUCGUGCGUGAAUACCGGCGCCAGAACCGCGUCGUGAUCAUUCCCGACUCCACCCAGGCCGAGCUGGCCGCCCUCCAGAGCGCGCUAACCGCCUUCACCGACAUGCACCAAAGGCAGCCGACAUUCGAGGAGCUGGGCACGGCGAGCGGCUUCACCACGCGCGAGCUGCACCGGCUGCUGCGGCUACACGCGACGCGCGAGGUCUUCUCGGGAGCGCUUUGCACCGCCGCCUAUCCCAGAUCCGGCAGGGAGGCCCCACAGGAGACAUGGGGCGACACUUUGGAGGGUGCAGUGGAGGAGCAGGUGCACUCAGAGAGGGCGGCUGGGCUGCUGGAGCUGCAGCAGCACAUGGACACAGCCAUCCGCAGUCUUCCAGACAAGGAGCAGACCGUGCUGAGGUCCUUCUACGGCCUCGACGGGCGGCCGAAAAACCAGAAAGAGAUUGGAGAGAUAAUGAGCACUAGCGAGCAGUAUGUGAGUCAGCUACUGAACAAAGCGCGCAUGAGGCUGCGGAAGCAGCGCGCACAGACACUGCUGGCGUACUUAGGGCAGGAUUGCGUGACGCCGUAUCAGUCAGCAGCAAGGAAUUCAGAGCUCACAUACGUGGCCCAGGCAAUGGAGAGGACCGGCCUGGUGACCGCGUUCAACAGCUCAGACUUGGUGGCGACUAUCUUCCUGCCCAAGAACAUUGCCUUCGAGAAUCUUUUGACAAGCAUCGGCAUGACGGUGGACCAGGCGUUCAACAACGCGGGAGCCUUCACUCCUUUCCUUGGACAGAUCCUGGAGUACCACGUGGUGCCCAACGUGGUCCUGUUUGCCGAGAACUUCACCAGUGGCCAAGUCCUGCCGACGGUCAUCCAAGACACCUUGACGGUGAACUUGGACCCCUUGACCAUCACUCCCAGUGGCGGGGGCAAGGCGGCUGUGACAUUCACAGACUUCAUCGCCUGCAAGUCCAUUGAGCACGUCCUGGACACCGUCCUGCUGCCCCAGUCGAUUGUGCAACAAUACACUGCCAGCAUGAACGGAGGCGGCGCCGCCGCAGCUGCACCUUUGGUCAUGGCAACUUCCGGAGCUGAUGUCCUCGCCCAAGCCAUUGCCACAGCACCAGUCGUGGCACCUCUUGUGCCCGUGGCGCUUCCAGUCGUGCCAGUGGCUCAGGUUCCUGCAGCUUCCAUCAUCGAUGCGGCUGAGGCGACAAAGACACAGGCAAGCCGCUCGCACACCUCGCUGCAAAAGUUGAUCUCCUUGCUUGAGCAUGCUGCCGACAAGGUGGCGUCCGAGCUGCAGGCGCUGAAGCCGGUGGCAGUUCCCAGCCCCCCGCCUGUAAUCGCCCCUGGACCGAUCGAGCCUGUGCCUGUCUCUGGAGCCCUGCCCGUCUCUGGUGUCACAACGGCACCCCCUCCCCCGGCGGUGAUCGAGCUGCCAAAGAAGGAGGCGCUGCUGCUGGGCCUCAAGGACAAGAUCAGCUCCAAGUUAAUUGGCGCGCCGCCACCGCCCCUGGCCGUCUCCGGUGCCCCCACCGCCGUCUCUGGCACUCCCCUCACCCCGGUGCCAGCGCUGCCCGCGGCCGGCCCAGUGACAGCGCUGGAGCUGCCCAAGGUGGAUGUUCCUCUGCCGCUGCCCAAGAAGAAGGAGAUCCUGCCGCCUGUGGGUCUCGAUGUGCCCCUGUACAAAUUCAAGCUGCCAGACAUCAAGGCUGAGCUGCUCGCCCUGGGCAAGGACGCCCUCUCCAAGCUGGGCCUCGACAAACUCAUCGCUGCGCAGACGCCGCCCCCUCCAAUGCCGGUGGCCGUCUCUGGAGCGCCGAUCACUCCAGUGGCCGCCACUCCUGUGGUGCCGGACCUGUCCGCUUUGCUGCCCGUCAAGAAGGACAUUCCAAUUCUGGACAGCCUCAAGAACCAGCUGCUGCCGCAGUCGCCUCCUCCCCCUGCAGUGCCCACAGCCGUCUCUGGCGCACCAGUGACCCCGGCCGCUGCAUCGCCAACCCCUGCAAUCCUACUGCCCACCUUGGUGCCCCUUAAGAAGGACGAGAAGUUGCUGACAGCUGCCCUGGCAGCUUCCCCCAAGGCGGAAGCUUCCAAGGAGGAGGCAGCCGCCGCCCCGCUGGUUAUCAAGCUGCCAGAGUUCGCGGGGGGCACCAACCUGCCUGACAUUGUGGCUGGCAAUACUUACAGCCCCCCAGACGGUUACUACUCUGCCUCAGCCAGCGCUGAUGCUUCAGCCCAAGCUGGCACCGUGACGGCUGCGUCCGGCCCGGAGCCCCAGGGGGUGAUCGUAGUGGGUGACGACAUCGCCUACAAUGUCAGCACCACAUGCUCCACUGUGCCAGCUGUCGCCCAGAUGGUGCCCAGCAUGGCCGACUUCCUGGCAGCCCUCCAGGCCACUGGUCUGGACAUGGCACUCAACAACGACACUGCGAUGAUGACCGUCUUUGUGCCGGUCAACGCUGCCUUCGAUGUGCUCGCGGUACAGACAAACCAGACAUUGGGCGCGAUCCUGGCCCAGACAGACAUGCUCAAGCAGGUGCUGGAGUACCACGUGGUGCCAGGUGUCAGCGCGCUGGCAGCUAACCUGUCCGACGGCGAGAUGCUGCAGACGGCCCUGCCCAACCAGACCAUCAAAGUGCAGGCGGGCGCGAAUGGCGUGAAGCUGCUGGGAGGAAACGGCGUUGUGGCCAACGUCAUCUACCCGGACGUGGUUGCCUGCAACGCCAUCAUCCACGUCAUCGACGCCGUGCUGGCCCCGGUUCCCGCCGCCCUGCCGCCCAUGCUGCCGGCUGCCGCCGCUGCCGCGACGAUGGCGGCUGCAAUGGGCCCUCAGCCCAUGCCCGUGCCUGCUGCUGGCGGCAGGCACUAA